CCAUUUCAGUGUCUGUUUUUAGCUCUCACUUCUUCUUCACAUUUGGGGGACUCAACUCAGACUCAGACCCAGAUCAUCGUUAGUUCUCUCUCUUACCCUCGAGCUCUACUAGUGAAGAAGCUCUAUUCUUCUUAUGGCGGCAAAGGGAAAAAAAAUCAGUAAAAGGAAAUGAAGAUAUCAAACCCAAGUCAUCAUUACUCCUCAUCAGAAAAAAUCCCAGUAAGAUUAUUAUCUUCUUCAAAAAAUGCUUCUCCAGAUUCGGAUCUUCAUCAAGGGAUAACGAAAAAUAAAUUACUUGGUAGAAAGAAAAUUAGAAACCCUGGUUUUAAUGUAAAGUUAAAGAAAGAUGUUGGUAAUGGUAAAAGAAGUGGACCUGCUACUCCUCUUCUAAGUUGGAAGUUUAAUGAUAAAAAAAAUGUGGAAGAAGAUAAUGAUACUAAUAAAGGGGAUGCUAAUUUAAGUAAGAGAUGUAGAAGAAAAGUCAAGAGUAAUGGUGGUGGUGGAACAGAGAGAGAUUCUUCAGUUUCUGCUAGAAAACUUGCUGCUGGUUUGUUAUGGCAGUUGGAAGAUGUUCAUGGUGGUCAAAGACGAGUUACGCCCAAGAAAUCUUCUGAUCAUUUAGAGUUUGAGGGGGGUGUUGCACAUUUACCAUUUCAUUGUCAUGGUGAUGCUCGUAGUAGAGAAUUUGGUGCAGAAAAGGAGGAUUUGCUACAAAGUAAUGUUUCUUUCUGUGGUCCAAAGAAUGGAUACCUUUACAAGGUUAAUCCUUCUAUGUCACUGAAGAAUUCUGUGAUGGAGCGGGCAACUAAAUGGGACCCUGGGUACUCAAAAACAUCGGACGAGGUAUACCGAUUUUAUGGCCAAAUGAAGCUUUUGGAAGACCAGCAGAUUGCUAAUGUCUCGGUGGUUUCUACCCUGCAAGCAGAACUUGAGCAGGCGCGAACCCGCAUUGAUGAGCUUGAGAAUGAGCGCCGAUCCUCAAAGAAGAAGCUGGAGCAUUUCUUGAGGAAACUUGCGGAUGAAAAGGCUGCUUGGCGGAGCAGAGAGUAUGAGAAGGUGAGGGCAAUAAUCGAUGAUGUCAAGGGUGAGUUAAACAGAGAGAGGAAAAAUCGUCAGAGGAUGGAACUAGUGAACUCUAAGUUGGUCGGUGAGCUUGCUGAGGUCAAGUUAUCUGCAAAAAGGUAUAUGCAAGACUACGAAAAAGAGAGAAAAUCUAGAGAGCUCAUGGAGGAAGUGUGUGAUGAGCUUGCGAAAGAAAUUGGAGAAGACAAGGCUGAAGUAGAGGCGCUGAAGAGGGAUUCCAUGAAAAUUCGUGAAGAAGUUGAUGAAGAGAGGAAGAUGUUGCAGAUGGCUGAGGUAUGGCGUGAAGAGCGAGUCCAGAUGAAGCUUGUUGAUGCAAAGCUGACUCUUGAAGAUAAGUAUUCCCAGUUGAGUAAGCUUAUAUUAGAUCUUGAUGCCUUUCUAAGAAUGAGAUGCACAACGCUAGAUGUUAUGGAAAUGAGAGAAGCCGAGUUGCUCCGAGGGGCAGCUAGUAAUGUAAAAAUUCAAGAUACAAAAUUCUCUUAUGAGCCUCCAAAGUCAGAUGACAUCUUCUCUAUUUUUGAGGAGCUUCAAGGUGAAAUUAUGGAGAAGGAAAUCGGACCAUGUCAGGGUUACUCUCCUGCAAGCCAUAUCCACACCAUGAGUCCUGAUGCCAAUGGGUAUAGCAGAAAAUCUAUGUCAAAGUAUUCCAAUGGCUCUAUAGAUGAAAAUGGGGAAGUGGAAGAAGAAGAUGAUGAUGGAAGUGGUUGGGAAACUGUAAGUCAAGCUGACGAGCUAGGUUCAAGUUAUUCACAGGAAGGAACUGACCCAUCAGUUAACAAAAUCAGAAGGAAAAGUAAUGUUUCAGCUGGAGGAAAAGAAUGGGAGGACAAUGCAGGAAGGGAGACACCGGAUACUGAAAUCAGUGAAAUAAGCUCGGGUUCUGCCAGGCGAUCUAUUAAGAAGAAAGGUUCAUCUAUAGCUAGGAUUUGGAGAUCAUUGCCAACUAACGGUGAUAAUUGCAAGACAAUCUCAGUAGAUGGGACGAAUGGAAGGCUUUCAAAUGGAAGAAUCUCUAAUGUGGGAACCAUUUCUCCAGACCAUGGAUCAGGCAAAGGUGGGCUUAGCCCCCGUAGUUCGAUUGGACACUGGAGCUCUCCUGAUUCUGCAAAUCCACAUGUUACUCGAGGGAUGAAAGGAUGCAUUGAGUGGCCAUUGGGCAACCAGAAAAACAGUUUGAAGGCAAAGCUUUUGGAAGCAAGGAUGGAAAGCCAGAAAAUUCAAUUGCGUCAGGUUCUUAAACAGAAGAUCUAAGUUUGUAGUAGUCCCAUUGUAAAAUUGUCAAUCCAAGAAUUACAAUUCAGCACUAGAUGAAGCUUGGAAAAUGGUGGAAAGGAUUUCCUCCCUGAGUAUAAGUGUAAUGUAACGUUAUAACUGUGAAAUAGUGGCUGACGUACCUGAAGACCAGUUGAUGUGAUCUAGCAGGUUUUGUUUAGCUGCUAUUCCCAUUUUGUUCUUAAGAGUUUCUCUUCGUGCAUGUCUGCUAAUACCUUACAAAUUAUGUAAUCUAUUUGCUCAGCUAGUUAGGGUUAUUUGAUAAAACUGCUUAGAUAUUUAGCGGCAUCCACCAGGAGAGGGUUAGGAAAUUGGAUGAUAAAUCUUUGUAUUGUACCAUUUUAUGCAUAUCUAAUAGUAAAAGGAAAUUUGUUUA